ACUGUGCCGGGUACUUCCCUUGGUGAGUUCACUAGACAAAGCCUCCGCCUGGGAAGCGUCAUCUAGUGUCCCCAGUGCAGCGUGGAGGCGGCGGGAUGCAGAUUCGGCUACACAGCGCGAGGCUGGUUCGAACUGGGGCAGAGUUCGAACCUCUGGAGAGUUUGUGAGGAGGUGUGUGAGGGUUUGUGCAGGAGGUGGAGACUUGACAGGCAUCACCUAUACCCAACCUCCUCAGAGUGCGUUCCGAGGAGGCAGAGGUGACGCCCUCGGCUCCUAGACCAUUUCCUUGGACUCCUGUGGCACAGGCUUGUCUGUGUGACACUCUGCUGUGGCCCACCUGGAUCUUCAGUCUGUGGGCCCCCCUGUGCUACACUGUUAAACUGGAAGCCAUCCACCCUCACCAUCAGCAGCCAGGUACUGGGAACCAUUCUCCACUGGUGUCUUCAUUCUGGAAUGAUGAUGACCGCCUCACCCGAAGCUUGUCUUUAAGGAAUCAUCUGUGUUAGGCUUCAUGCACAGACUCAAGAGGCCAGAGCUGGAUGCCAGGGACUUGACUUCUCUUAGCCCCUUGUACCGUGGAGCCAAUAGACUUUGCUGAGUGUGAUCUGGAGGAGUGGCUGAAGGGCUCUCAGAACCUUGUCCUGACAGCGGGCAAACGGAAAGUGCGUCCUUGUGUAGAGUCCCAGGAAGGGCAGGCGGUCCUUGCUGGUCUUCAGCUUCUCUGCAGUUACCAGCUAGGGGCUCCCCCAGUCCUUCCAUAAGAUGAGGUUCCCUGCUCCCAUUGCUUCCUCCUCUGGGUGAAGUCAGCAGUUCUGGGGGUCUGUCUGUCCCCCUGCUUCAGUCACAGCAGUCCUUCCUUUGACUCAAGUGUGUGUUGUUUCAGAUUGCACAACCGAGGAGGGGACGUUCUACCCCAAGGAGCACAUUUCUGAAGAUAUCUGGAAUCACAGGCAGAAAUACCAACACCCGUCCGCUGGUGAUGUUUCCCCGGCCCCUAAGUUUGGAGGGCUCUGUGAUGAACUAUUAGAAACUGACUGCAAUGUCUCUGAAGCUGACAGCCUGCUCCAGCCCCUCUACUGGUAGGGAGACCUCACACCAGGGACCAUGUUCCUGAAGAGACCCUUAGGGGAGAAACGUCUGCUUUGCGAUGGUUUUGACACAAGCUUCAGCUUGAGCCCAUGUCCACUAGUGUGUCAGGGAAUCUCUUCAGAAGAGAGGCCACGCCCACAUGACACUUCAAGAACUCUCAGUACAAUAGGGGGCUAACUGGCAGGAGAGCCUUCCUACAAUUGAAAUCCCAUUCAUAUGUACUGAGUGUGGGAAGGCAUUCAGAGGAACCCUUGACCUCGAUCAGCAUCAGAGAGCCAACUCGGGAGAGCCAUCUUUAAUGUGUUCUGAAUGUGGAAAGGCCUUUAGCCAAAACUCUGGCCUUAAAAGCCACUGUCAACCUUGCCUCCCUGGGAAAGCCUACCAGUGUGGCAAGUGUACAGAAGUCUUUGUGAGGCACACAGAUUUUGAUAGGCAUCAGGUUCAGCACCACAAUGAAUAAUAUGUGUGUAACGAAUGUGGAAAAGCCUUCAGCCAGAACUUAAGCCUUCAAAACCACCAAAAGUCUCAUGUGAUGGAGAAACCUUAUGAGUGCAAUGAGUGUGACAAGGCUUUUGGGCGGAGCUCGAGCCUCAUCCAACAUCGAAGAAUCCAUUCUGAAGAAAAACCAUACGUAUGCAGCUGGUAUGGGAGAGCCUUCAGACGGAGCUCAAACCUCCUCAAACACCACAGGAUUCACACAAGUGAAUCCUUUUGAGUGCAGCAAGUGUGGUAAAGCCUUCAGCCAGAGUGCACACCUCAGGAAGCAUCAGAGGGUUCACACCGGAGAGAAAUCUUACGAGUGUAAAGAGUGCGGCAAGUCCUUCAGACGCACCUCACACCUCAUUAAGCAUCACCGGGUUCAUACAGGAGAGAAACCUUACUCGUGCAGUGACUGUGGAAAAGCAUUUAGCCAGAGUUCUAGCCUUAUUCAGCACCGGAGAAUUCACACUGGUGAGAAGCCUCACGUGUGCAAUGUGUGUGGGAAAGCCUUCAGUUACAGUUCUGUGCUCAGGAAGCACCAAAUAAUUCACACCGGAGAGAAGCCGUAUGGGUGUGGUGUCUGUGGGAAAGCCUUCAGCCACAGCUCAGCCCUCAUCCAGCAUCAGGGUGUGCACACUGGAGACAAGCCCUACGAGUGCCACGAAUGUGGGAAGACCUUCAGUCGAAGCUCUAACCUCAUCCUGCACCAUCGAGUCCACACCGGGGAAAAACCUUAUGAAUGUACGGAAUGUGGAAAAACCUUCAGCCAGAGCUCAACCCUCAUUCAGCACCAGAGGAUUCAUAACGGACUGAAACCUCAUGAAUGUAACCAGUGUGGCAAAGCCUUCAACAGAAGUUCAAAUCUCAUUCAUCACCAGAAAGUACACACUGGGGAGAGGCCCUACACGUGUGUUGAAUGUGGCAAAGGCUUCAGCCAGAGCUCACAUCUCAUUCAACACCAGAUAAUCCACACUAGAGAGAGGCCCUAUCAGUGCAGCGAGUGUGGCCGAGCCUUCGGUCAGCGCUCGGUCCUUACCCAGCACCAGAGGACUCACACUGGAGUGAAGCCCCACGCCUGCUCGGCGUGUGGGAAGACUUUCAGCCAGCCGUCCAAGUUGGCUAAACACGAGCUGACUCAUAAGGAGCAGCCUGGAGACGGGGAGGGGUGAAGCUCCGACCGUUCCUCUGUUCUUCUGACCCUGCUUUCAGCCGCCCGCUCCCCAGCUGUGUGGCCAGUUCACUGAUUACUGUGUCCAGCUGUCACAGACCUGGGGCCUCCCUUGGAUCACCCUUCAGGGCUCCCCUGCUGUUGUGGCCACCUCGUGUGGCCUCUCGUCUGCAUUUUGUUGUUCUUAUGGUUUGGAAACAGACUUGUGUUAGUCAGAAGGAAAAGAUGACGAAGGCUUCAUGAUCGGAGUUUAUUAUCGUAAUCAAAGGAUGUGAAAAUUGGUGAUGCGACCUUUGUGACGGGAAA